CGCUGUGCGAGUCGUGGUGGAUCAUUUGCGGACAAUCUGAACGAUGAGAUGUGUUUUUCUUAAAACCUGAUUGAGAAACGGCAAUCUUACUUGUCAUCCUUGCGUCGGCGGCAGUUUGUUGAAUUGCAAUUUAACUUCUUUCGGUGAAAUUGAUUUUAUUAGUUUACAAAAUCAAGAUGGGAUAUCUUUUGGAAUUAUUCAAGAAAUGUAUAUAUAUGGUUUGGAGUUAUUUACAUGGUCUCUUCAUGUCAAGAUCUUCAAGCACCAUGGAACAAUAUGAAGAAAUAUCAAACAUGCAAGGUAUUUGUGGAGAUACUUGGGAAGGUUCUAAAGUUUACAUUGGAGCAUUCAAGGUUUUAUUGAAGAAAAAGUACAUGUUGAAUAGAAACCAAUGUACUAAUUUGUGCAAGAAAAUUGAAAAUGUUACAAAGAUUUUUGACCACCUAAUAACUUGCACCAAUGAUAAAUUAGAGUUUGAACUUCUAUUAAGUGAGCUAUUUUUUAUAUUGAAUAAAUCUUACUCUCUAAUAAAGAAAUGUGGAAAACCAAAUUGGUGUGAAGAAGCUCUAUUCCAAUUCAACAAUAAAGAGACUUUUAGAGAACUAAUUUUGGAUUUAAAAUGUUGUUGUGAUAUUGCAAGUGAUAUGCUUUCAAAGCAUAAUUCCUACAAAUUUGAAGACAUUAUAUUUGAUACUUUUGAUGUUCCAACAUAUCAAGAAGUAGAAGAUGAUAUUAUAUUAUUACAUGAGAGAUUGAACCAUGCAAGUGAAGAAGAAGAUUUUGAAUAUCAUGCAUUAGCAAAGGAUCUAUUACGAAGAUGCAAAGACUUGUAUCACAUUGAGAUUGGAGAAUUGGAUGCUUUGAAUUUUUCAACAGAUAUGACAAGUCUUGAAAUCAUAGAAUGUGUGAAGGAAAAAUCUGGAUCUUUUGGAGAAGUUUACAAAUCCAAGUGGUUGGGACUUUUGUGUGCAACUAAAAAAAUGGAUGUUGCAUUUGCUAAGUUGUUCAUCAAAGAAGUGAAUAUUCUAACAAGUGUAAGCCAUCCAAAUUUGAUAACAUAUUAUUUUGCAAUGAAAGGUAGUGCUAAUGGAAGUGUUGAAGCUUUUGAAACAAAAGACAAAAAAGAAUAUUUGUAUAUUGGAAUGGAAUUGAUGCAAAACAAUUUGAGCAAUAUGUUGGAAGAAGAGAAAGAAGUAUCUUAUAUUUUUCUUAUUGACAUCAUGCAUCAAAUUGCAAAAGGAAUGUGUUACUUGCAUGACAUGCACAUUGCACAUCGUGAUCUAAAGCCUGAGAAUAUUUUGGUUAAUAUUGUGGAAUCAAAGAUUAUGAAUAAGAUUGUUCGACAUGUUAUUGUGAAAGUGAUUGAUUUUGGAAUGUCCAAGUUUGAAGUUGGAAGAAAUUCAGUAGCCACAGAGAAUAAUUACAUUUAUGGUAGUCUUAAAUAUACGGCUCCAGAGGCACUAAAAAAUAAAUUUCAAACAAUGGCAAUGUGUCCUUUUGAAGCUGAUGUUUACUCAUUUGCAAUGAUAUGUUCUAAGAUUCUUUCAAAGAAAGAUCCAUUUCAUGAUGUUCAUGACCCAAAAAGAAUAUUAGAAAGAAUUGAAAAAGGUGAAAGACCAAAGCUACCUUCAAAUUGUGAUGACUUGAUGGAGCUUAUUAGAGAAUGUUGGAGGUUGAAUCCUUUGCAUCGGCCAAAGUUUGCAAGCAUUUGUGAAAGAUUGAACUCACUAAAAUGUAAGUUUUUAGUUGGAAUGAAUGUGUCAAACGCACCAUAUUUUGGAGUAUCAAAGAACAACUACCAUCAAAAUGACGAAUUGCAACAAACACUCUAUCAAUUGCCAAAGGUUGAUUUGCUUGACGAAGAUACAUUUGGUAGAGAACAUUAUUUAUCUCGAAUAAAAAAAGAAUGUGUAAAUAAAAUGAAGGUAUUGUGUCUUGUUGGAAUGGGUGGAAUAGGCAAGACCACAUUAGCAAAGGCUAUAUUGGCUACUGUAAAAGACAUAUAUGAUGCAUCAUGCUUUGUUGAGUGCAUUGAAAAUGAUGUUGAUUGCUUCACAACUUCUUGCAAUAUUUUAGAACAAUUUAAAGUCAAAUCAAAACCAAAGGAUGUUGAAGAAGCUCAAAAAAUGUUGAAAUCAUUCUUGAUGAAGAACAAAACCAUCUUUGUAUUUGACAAUGUGAAGAAUCAAAGUCAAAUUGAAGAUGUUGUGCCUAUAGAUGACAUAUAUGCUAGCAAUGGUAGCACAUUGGUUUUAACCACUCGAGAUUCAAAAGCAAUAGAGUAUUGUGGUGAAGAAGUUUGUAUAAUAAAUAUUGAAGAACUUGAUGAAGAAACAAGUAUGAAGUUAUUUAUCACUCAUUCUUGUGGCCAAGAAAAUUUGCCAAAUGAAUUAGUUGAAGUUGGAGAAAAGAUUGUAAGAGCUUGCCAUGGUCUACCAUUGAGUCUAAAAGUUAUGGGAGCAUUUUUGAGAGAGAACAAGAGAUUGAGAUGUUGGGAGCGAGCUCUACAAAAGUUGAAAAGAGGAAGAGAGUUGGAUGGAAAUGAAAACAAUAGUAACUACAAGAUUUGGAAGAUAUUAAAAGUAAGCUUUGACAAUUUGAAAGAUGAAGAGAAGAAAAUAUUUUUGGACAUAUGUUGUUUUUUUAGUAGUGAUGUGUAUCCACAAGGCAUGUCAAAAGAAAGAGCAUUGCGAAUGUGGGCUAAUAGUCAAAAAGAAAUAUUUGAACAAGAUAUGGAAGUUAUGUUAGAUACAUUGAUUUACCAAUCAUUGGUAAAAGUAGACAAAGAUAAAAUUAUAAGAAUACAUGAUCAGCUACAAGACAUGGGAAGAAACAUUGUUGAGAAAGAAAUGGAGUAUAAAUACACACGAAUGUGGAAUUUGAAUGUAGAUCUAUUUUAUGGAUUUUCAAACAAGUUGGAGGGAUUAUUUUACAACAACAUACACAAAAAUAUUAUAAGUGAAUUAAGAAGUGAUUCUUUUUCAUCACUUCAAUUUUUAAGUUGUACUAUUGGUGAUUUUGCACCCAAUAUUGUUAUAAGAAUAAUAAGCAUAUUUUUUGUGUUGAUAAAACAUUCUCUUAGUUUAAAAUGUUUUCUAUUAGAUAUGCCUGAAGAAAAAAAAUUACCAAGAGAAUCAACAAACAAAGCAUUGCAAAUGCUUCAUGACAUAAAUGUUUGGAAAAAGUUGGAGAGUUUAAAUAUCUUACAAUUGAGAAAUUAUUCAUUUAUAGAAACAUUUCCACAUUCAAUUUUUAGAAUACCUACAUUAUUAGAACUUGACUUAGAAGGAUGCUCAAACUUAACCAUGGUAAAAAAUGAUUUGCAAUAUAUGACUUCUUUGAAGAUACUUAAUUUGAAAGAUUGUAAACAAUUACAUUCAUUGCCAACAUCAAAAAGAAAUCUUCUCUAUUUGAAAAAAUUCAAUAUAAGUGGGUGUUCCAACUUGACAUCAUUGCCAAAUGAAUUGGCCAACCUCACAUCUUUGACUACCUUGAACAUAAGUUACUGCUCAAGCUUGACAUCAUUGCCAAGGACGCCAACCCCUGGCGCUGGGGAGGCCGAAGCUUCACCAGGCUCCACGCACAACCCAAUUCCUACACUCUGA